UGCUUCUUGCGGGGAUACCAUGUUGUUCUUCACUCUCCUGCUGGAGGUGAUUUGGAUCCUGGCUGCCGAAGGGGGUCAACACUGGACAUAUGAGGGCCCACAUGGUCAAGACCACUGGCCAGCCUCUUACCCUGAAUGUGGAAGCAAUGCCCAAUCCCCCAUCAAUAUCCAGACAGACAGUGUGACUUUUGACCCUGAGUUGCCUGCUCUGCAGCCCCAUGGAUAUGACCAGCCUAGCACUGAGCCUUUGGACCUGCACAACAACGGCCACACAGUGCAACUCUCUCUGCCCCCUACCAUGUAUCUGGAGGGACUUCCUCGAAAAUAUGUAGCUGCCCAGCUCCACCUGCACUGGGGUGAGACAGGGUCCCUGGGCGGAUCAGAGCACCAGAUCAACAGUGAAGCCACAGUUGCAGAGCUCCACAUUGUACAUUAUGAUUCUGAUUCCUAUGACAGCUUGAGUGAGGCUGCUCCGAAGCCUCAGGGCCUGGCUGUCUUGGGCAUCCUCAUUGAGGUGGGUGAGACCAAGAAUCCAGUUUAUGAACACAUCCUGAGUCACUUGCAUGAAAUUAGGCAUAAAGAUCAGAAGACUUCAGUGCCUCCCUUCAACGUGGGAGAGCUGCUCCCCCCACAGCUGGACCAGUUCUUCCGCUACAACGGCUCGCUCACCACACCCCCCUGCUACCAGAGCGUGCUCUGGACAGUCUUCAGUAGAAGGGCUCAGAUUUCAAUGGGACAGCUGGAAGAGCUUCAGGAGACAUUGUUCUCCACAGAAGAGGUGCCCUCUAAGCUCCUGGUUCGGAACUACCGAGCCCCCCAGCCUCUCAAUCAGCGAACAGUCUUUGCUUCUUUCAUCCAAGCGAGAUCCUCCUACACUACAGGUGAAAUGCUGAGUUUAGGAGUGGGAAUCUUGGUUGGCUGUCUUUGUCUUCUACUGGCUGUUUAUUUCAUCGCUAGGAAGAUUCGGAAGAAGAGGCUAGGAAACCGGAAAAGCGUGGUCUUCACCUCAGCACGAGCCACAGAGGCAUAGACUCCCUCGCCGACAUCAUAGAUGCCUUCCCCUCAUGCCAAUCAGGGAGCUUCUAAAAUGAGCUGCAGGGACUGGCCAGAAGUAGUGGGCAGACACCCCUCCUUCCUCCAGACAGCCCCUACAGAGAGGCACGGACAGGCUCUUGUUCAUGGAAUAAGAGCAGAGCCUUCGACCUCUCAAAACCUAUAGAUCAGGACAACCCUAUGUUGACAAUGCAGACAGCAAACUGUGUUUAGUUGUAGGGGAAGUUGGGGAUGUAACCCCCAAAGUCCUCCACCCCCUCACGUUUAUGUCCUUUUCCCUAGAUAUAGGGCAGGACCUCCCCUUAGGAAAAAGACUUGUUGCUGUUGGGGUUAUAUAUUUUUUUGCUCAAUAUACCUGGAAAUUAAAGUUUCUAAUCCCA